UAAUAUAUAAUGCAGCAAAUCUGAAGAUGCUGCCAAAACUGUCAUCUUCAUGCUCCUAACUGGCCUUCAAAUCCAGCCUCGUCUACCAUUGAGAUUCUUGACUCUUUCUUAAAAGGCCUAAAGAAUUAAGAUCAGCUGCUGGAGGCACGGACCACAGACCAAAUGGCUAUAAAUUAAUAAUAUAAUAGUACUUUAAAAGAUAAAUAAUUUUCUGUUCAUCAGAUUACACAUGUCACAAAGAGCAUGCAUGAUAAUAAAUAGGUUUUUAAAUUAGACAGGAGGAGACAUGCAUGGAGGUAGAGCCGGCUAGCACAUGCAGCGAAUUACAGAGCCGAUCAUCGCAUGCGCCUGUCCCAGUCCAUCUUUUAUCUUAAUGUAUUAUCAACAUUACAGGUUACACCCAAUGGCCGGCUAUGCUAAUUCAAUUUUGCGUAGCAGCGGACUUAUCUGGAUCUUUGUGUCUCGUAUUAUACUCCCAGCGAAGAAAUGGCUGAUGGAAUAUUUAUUUUCUGACAAAGCUGGUGAAUUUACAAAAUUCAUGUAUGCAACGGAUAACCUAAGUGAUGUUAUAACUGCCCAGCGCAGUAAAGGGCCCUCUGCAUUGGCAAUUUUACCUGUUGCACGUGUCACCAUUCUAGUGGCUCUCUACGAUGGAGUCAUGAAGAACGCGACCGAACACCCUGGCAUGGAGUAG